GUCCCGGUGCAGCGGGCAGGAUGCCGGGCGGGCGGGUGUGCGGCGCCUGCGGGUGCGCGGAGAUCGAGGUGGACGCGGCGCGCGGGGACGCGGUGUGCACGGGCUGCGGGUCCGUGCUGGAGGACAACAUCAUCGUGUCCGAGGUGCAGUUCGUGGAGAACAGCGGCGGCGGCUCCUCGGCCGUGGGGCAGUUCGUGUCGCUGGACGGUGCAGGGAAAACACCGACUUUAGGAGGAGGAUUCCACGCCAAUCUGGGAAAGGAGUCACGAGCAAAAACUCUACAGAAUGGGAAGCGUCAGAUUCACCACUUGGGAAACCAGCUUCAACUCAAUCAACAUUGUCUGGAUACUGCCUUUAAUUUUUUCAAGAUGGCUGUGAGCAAACAUCUAACCCGAGGCAGAAAGAGGACCCACAUCAUUGCUGCCUGUCUCUACCUGGUGUGUAGGACAGAAGGAACUCCUCAUAUGUUACUUGACCUCAGUGACCUGCUUCAGGUGAAUGUCUAUGUGCUGGGAAAAACUUUCCUUGUGUUGGCCAGAGAACUCUGCAUAAAUGCUCCAGCCAUAGAUCCGUGUUUGUACAUUCCCCGUUUUGCACACAUGCUGGAGUUCGGGGAUAAGAACCACGAGGUGUCCAUGACGGCGCUGAGGCUGCUGCAGAGGAUGAAGCGGGACUGGAUGCACACGGGGCGCCGGCCCUCGGGGCUCUGCGGGGCAGCUCUGCUAGUGGCGGCAAGAAUGCAUGAUUUCCGACGGACUGUGAAAGAGGUCAUCAGGGUGGUGAAGGUUUGUGAGUCUACAUUAAGGAAAAGGUUGACAGAGUUUCAAGAUACACCAACCAGUCAGCUAACCAUAGAUGAGUUUAUGAAGAUUGACUUGGAAGAAGAAUGUGAUCCUCCUUCAUUUACAGCUGGUCAAAAAAAAUUGAAGAUACAGCAGCUUGAAAAGGCAUUAUCAAAAAAGCUGGAGGAUUUUGAAGGAGAAAUAUCGAGCUACCAAGAUGAAAUAGAGAGUGAAUUAGAAAACAGUAGACCGAAAGCAAAAGGCGUAUUUGCAAAUUUCACUAAAGAUGAUUCUAUAGAUGAUAAUGCCUCUAGCAUACUUGGAGAGGAGGAGGCAGAAGAUGAGGAACUUGAAGCAGCUGCUAAUCACUUAAACAAGGACUUUUAUGAUGAACUUAGUGAGAAGGAUAUAGCUAAAAGAAAUGAAGAUGGGGAAUGCAGAAAUGGAAAUGAAACUCUUGUAAGACCCCCUGCACUGGAAUCCUUGCUUGGCCCGCUGCCCACCGCCGCUAGUCUUGGCAUAACAGAGUCCAUCAAAGAGUGCAUAUCCACAAAGGACCAAGAGCCUGGUGAGAAUACAGGAGAUGGUGAAUUAGAUCUGAGUGGAAUCGACGACAGUGAAAUAGAUCGGUAUAUACUUAAUGAAGCUGAAGCUCAGAUAAAAGCGGAGCUGUGGAUGAAAGAAAAUGCAGAUUAUUUGAAGGAACAAAAAGAAAAGGAAGCAAGAAUAGCAAAAGAGAAAGAACUUGGGAUUUAUAAGGAACACAAGCCAAAGAAAUCUGCAAAGAAGCGGGAGCCAAUUCAAGCCAGCACAGCAGGAGAGGCAAUUGAAAAGAUGUUAGAACAGAAGAAAAUCUCAAGUAAAAUUAAUUAUAAUGUGCUAAGGGACCUGAACAGCAAAGGAAGUAACACACCAAAGAAAGAGGAUGACAGCACUGAUGACAGCACCAACACCAAGAAGCUGUCAAGAAGAAAAUCUAUUGCCAGUAGGAAUAUAGCCAACCCUGUAAACAGUGUGGGAAAAAGAUUAAGACCCUUGAUUUCAACCCAGUUUGCUAAGAAGGCUGCUACUGAAGAGGUUACCUUUCCAAACGCACAGGCUGAAGCCUCUGAUGUAGAAAAACCAGCAGCUGUGCUUGUGGAGAGUGGCCCAGUAGCUUACAACCCUGAUGAGGAGGUGGAAGAGGAGGAGGUAGAAGAGGAUGAAGAUCACUGCAUGAGCGCCUUGCAGUUACUGGGAGGAAAUGAUUACGGCUGUGAUAUGGAUGAAGAUGAUGGCUAUUAGCUCCAUUUACUUCCAGGGGACAUGGACUGUGUCUUGUUCUCAGCAAAUCUUUGGUCUUCAAACUGUAUGAAUAGUGAAAGAAGCUGUCUAUGGUCAGCAAAUGUAAUCAAACAAUCCUUACUUUUGUAAAGUGAAUUCGAGGUUGGCAUUGGGUCUGGUCAGUUUACAUUGGCCUGUAACCCAGCAAUAACCAGUUUGGAUUCCUACUUGAAUUUAUUUUUAUUUUGGUGGAUCAUAGUUGGAGAAUUAAAUUAAUGAGGGUAAUGUUUCCAGAGAACAAAAGAAGAGACAAAACAGACUUGUGCAGGAAGCCUGUGUGGCUGAAAACAGCACAUCUCUUAUUUAUGUGACUGCUUUUAGGCAUACUGCUGAAAGGGAGCAGAUUGAAGGACAGGCCUGUUGAUUAUUUGAGUGCAGGAGCAUUAGUUGUCUCAUCAUGCUACAAUUGACAAAAAAAAAUGUUUCCAACCUGGAUUGUGACUGUGACCAUGUUACUGUAUACGAGCUCCCUUACCCAGCCCUAUCAAAAUUUAAUGACAAGUUAUAUAUUUGCAGAGCAGUGCUGGUUUUCUGAAACAGAGUAAAUACUUCUUUAUAUUUAUCAAUUCAUAGAUUUCUUAAAAUACCUGACAGUAGAAGGCAAUGUUGGCAGUGUGGAGUUGUCUUCCACUGAGUCCGGUGCGGUUUUUGUGGAAGGAGGGAGAAGAGCUGGGUCUGGUGGGAAGUGUAGGGAGUAAGGAGGUAAAGGUGCUGUGCUCAUGAGCUUUGCUGGGCAUCCUUAGGGACACCAGGUCUUCUUUAGGCU